AUGGCCGUAAGAAGAAAACAAAAACGAAUACAGUCAUUAUUGCCUAUUGGUGACUCUAUCAUCAAAUACGUAAAAGGCUGGGAGUUAUCGAGUGCAACUAAUCGUGUUACAGUUAAGUCAUUCUCUGGCGUCAGUAUUGAAGACAUGCAAGAUUUUAUAAAACCGAUUCUUCGUAAAAAACCCGGAAAGAUCAUUCUUCACAUUGGGACCAACAAUCUACGAAAUGAUGACGCCAAGACUGUUGCCGAUGCCUGUUACUAUAAAAUCCGAAAUGAUCUGGUUCCUGACGGUAUCGAAGCAAUUUGUUUGGAAAUUUCUAAGCCAAAUUCCAGGAAUUUCAUUGUUGUAUCAGUUUAUAGACCGCCGAACUCUACACCUGAGUUUUUUUUAACAUUUGAAAAAAUGAUUAAAAUGAUUGAUGAUGAAAACAAAGAACUCCACAUCUUAGGAGACUUAAAUUGUAAUUUGUUGACAAAUAAUCCUAAUCAUCCAACCAAAACACUUAAAGGUAUUCUGGAAACAUAUCAAUUAUCUCGACUUAUUAUCGAGGCUACACGAAUAACGACUAGUUCGAGCACUCUUAUAGAUCAUUACAUUACAUCUAUGCCAGAAAAAAUCUUGCACUUGCAGUCUGGAGUAAUACCCACAGGAAUUAGUGACCAUAACCUAAUCUAUGGUAUUAGGAAAAUAAAUUCUGUUUUAAAUACCCGUAAAGCUAAUAAGGUUGAAGUUAGAAACAUGAAACGAUUUAAUGAACAGCGCUUUAACGAGGAUUUAUUGACCCAACCUUGGGAACAGAUUGUAUUAAAGUCAGAUUCUGAUUCUAUGUGGGCCUGUUGGAAGGAACUAUUCUUGAAUGUUCUUGAUAAGCAUGCCCCAAUUCAACAUAUCAGGAAACGAUCGUCUAGUGUACCAUGGGCCACAGCGGAUAUCAAAAAACUUAUAUUUGACCGAGAUAGAAAGAAACGUAAAGCAAUGGUGACAAAACAAAGCGCCGAUUGGGAUUUGUAUAAAGCAUCCAGAAACCGGGUCAACAUUGCGUUACGAUAUGCUAAGGCUGAGUAUUAUCACACUAAAAUAGCUCAUGAAAAAAAUAAUCCUAAAGAGGCAUGGAAAACGAUAAAUGACUUAUAA